GACGAACUUCCCGUUUCCUGCACAGCAGAGCAAAGAGCAAACCCAGAAACCUAAAACCCUGUGGCUGGGAACCAGAAGGAGCUUAAACCCCGAUAGCCGAAGAUGAAGUGAUCCAAAUCGGGCUGUUUAUAAAGUUCCGUUCUCUAUCAUCAUUUUCAUGGUCAAGGCCGGAAAAUGUUGGCUUCAAGGAUUCUUCGAAGCCAUUGUUUCAGAACCCUCUCCGCUCUCCACCUCUCCUCCAAUAAUCCCUCCAGGUUUGCUCGAAAGUUUGUUUCUUUUAUCCAUUUCGUCAUGGGUUGUCGGACUGAUCCUAGGAUUUGAUGAAUUGGGUUUCCUUGGAUUAUACAGAACCAUAGUACUGGCGUUGAAUGAUGUUGGUUCUUCGAGUAUUAGUUCUUCUACAGAUAGUCUCCGGCCUCCGCGUUGAAUUGCUCUGCUUUCGGCAGCGGAUGGUGCCGCGGGAUGUCUACUUCCAAAGGAAGGAGCAUGAGAAGCAAAGUGGAGAGUAGGAUGAGGAAGGAGUCCGGUAAAACGAUGAGGGAGAUAAGGAGAGCUAAGAAAUUGAAGAGAAGCUUAUGACUGAUGAAGAGAGGCUUAUUUACAAUCUCAAAAGAGCUAAGAAGAAAGUGGCAUUGCUCCUCCAAAAGCUGAAGAAAUACGAGCUACCCGAGUUGCCCCCAUCGGUGCAUGAUCCCGAGCUAUUCACGCCGGAGCAGCUUCAGUCGUACAAGAAGAUAGGCUUCAAGAACAAGAACUAUGUCCCUGUCGGUGUUCGUGGAGUGUUUGGAGGAGUGGUGCAGAAUAUGCACAUGCACUGGAAGUUUCAUGAGACUGUGCAGGUGUGUUGUGACAACUUUCCAAGGAAAAGAUCAAAGAGAUGGCCACCAUGAUAGCAAGCUUAGCGGCGGUAUUGUGGUGAAUAUACAUAAUGUGAAGACGAUUAUCAUGUUCCGUGGCAGGAACUAUCGACAACCCAAGAACUUGGAUUCCCUUUAAUACUUUGACAAAGAGGAAGGCAUUAUUCAAGGCAAGAUUUGAGCAAGCACUAGAAUCACAGAAGCUAAACAUCAAGAAGAUAGAGCAACAGCUUCGACGGAUGGGUGUAAAUCCUGAGGAUCCAGUGGCCAUGGCUAGCAUCCAGAGAGUAGCUUCCACGUUUUUCAAUGCAAUUGACAGCAAAGAAGGAAGUCCAUAUGUAUUCAAAGGCGACGAACUCUCAUCACCACAGCCUGCUGAUGAUGAUGCGGAGCAUUCAGAUCAAGGAGCCGAUAGUGAUCAGGAGGAGCUGAACCGCUUUAUAUCUGAGAUAGAGGAUGCUGCUGAUAGAGAAUGGGCUGCUGAAGAAGCAGCUGAGCAAGAAGAGUUUGGCAGGAUUAGGUAUAGGAACAAAGAUGAAAAUGGCGGGAGGCUAAGAUUUGAGAAUAAAGAAGCUUAUGAGGAGGCUGUCAGACAAGGGAAGGUUUGGCGUGACCCACGUGAUGAUCGCAAGAGUGCUGGGAGAGGUGAUGAUGGUGACGAGAGGGAUGGAAUCUCAGAUGAAGAGGAUGAGUGGGAUUCUGACGAUGAUCCCCGAGAUAAUGAUCAUGUUAUAGGUAGAUCACAGAAAAUGAACCAAGAUAGGGGUAGAAGUAUGAGGUAUAGUAACAACGACCGUGUUGAUAGAAGACCUUCUACAACUAAAUUCAACAGGAAGGAAGUUGAAGAAAAAGAAGAGGAUGAGUGGGACCCUGAUGAUGAUUCUCGUGAUACUAAUGGUCGUGUUAUAGCUAGAUCACAGACAAGAAACCAACAUAGGGAUACAAGUACGAGGUAUAAUAACAUCGAUCAUUUUGAUAGAAGACCUGCUGCGAAUAAGCUCAAUAGGAAGGAAGUCGAAGAAAAAGAAGAAGAUUCUGAAUCUGACGACAUGCUGAGUGAUCUCGACAAUGCGAUGUGGAAUUCAGACGAAGAAGAAGAUGAAAUUGGGGCAUCGAAGAAGAAAGUGCCUCCAGGCCGCAGUUUUAGAAGCAGCAGUAGUGGAGAAGAGGAUGAUGAAGAGGAUUCUCGUGGCAAGUUGAGAACAGCUCGAGGUGCAAGAGUGAGUCAAGGAAGAUUCAGCACAAGGACAAGUGAGUCCCGAGCAAGUUGCAGAAGGGAACCAGCUGCUGAUGGAGAUUCUGGUUCAGAAGAUGUGGGCUUCCCAAUGUGGCAAUCGGACUCGGACGAUGAACUCAAUCCAAAUGAAGGCAGCAAACUCGGCUUCAAUCACACGGAUGAAACUAAGGAGCAUGGGAAGCAAGGGGGGAAGAAGGUGAAGACGGUGAAAGAAAUGGACGAACUUUGGGACAGUGACUGAGUCAUCUGCAGCAAUUCCAAGCUAUUGAUUUAGUAGCCAGAAGCAACCAAACCCCUCCUCGCCAUUCUGUGGCAGAACAUAUUGUGAUUCAUUGUUAUUGUUAAAAAGCUGUAAUCUUGUUCGUUGAUUCAAAUCGAAGUCGUAUCAUGUCAGAUUAGCAGCAGCAGCAGCAGAAAGCUGACUUCUGCAACAGUUUUGUAUACCCCCAGGCCCCAUGAUUGAAAAUAGACGCAUAUUAUGUUGACGGAU